AUGUCCGUACCCAGCACUGGUCUGAGCAAAUUGAAAAAGAAACAUAUUCGCGUGAAACAUCAAAAAGUGAAAUUAUUUCGUGCUAAUGAACCGUUAUUGUCUGUUUUUAUGUGGGGAGUAAAUCAUACGAUAAAUGAGUUGAGUCAUGUUUCUAUCCCCGUCAUGUUGUUGCCUGAUGACUUCCGAGCAUACUCCAAGCUGAAAGUCGACAACCACCUCUUCAACAAAGAGAACAUGCCAUCCCAUUUCAAAGUCAAGGAAUACUGCCCGUUGGUGUUUAGGAACCUCCGCGAGAGGUUCGGGAUAGAUGACCUGGAUUACAAGGAAUCUUUAACCAGGUUUAGAAAGCCAGAUAACUACCUCAGUUCCAAGGUGAAGAGGUUGAGCGGUUUAAGGCGCUCGGCGACCGUCCCUAGUGAUGUAGGUGGCCAAUAUGAAUCUUUGUUCCACAACAGCUUCACGCGGGGCUUGACCAUUAAAAGAUUGAGGUCCCAGCCUAUACCGGAUGAUUCAUCAGGUAAAUCCGGGGCCAAGUUCUAUCAGAGCUACGACAGACUCUUCAUCCUCAAAACCCUUACCUCUGAAGAAGUGGAGAGAAUGCACUCCUUCCUAAAGCAUUACCAUCCGUACAUAGUGGAGCGUCACGGUAAGACCCUGCUGCCUCAGUACCUGGGCAUGUACCGACUGACUGUGGAUGGCAUAGAACACUACCUGGUCGCUACUAGGAACGUGUUCUCAAACCAUCUCAAUAUACAUAAGAAAUACGACUUAAAAGGCUCGACAGUAGACAGAGAGGCGUCGGAGAAAGAAUUGGAAAAGGAACUGCCCACGUUGAAAGAUAACGACUUUAUUAAACAAGGAGUGAGGAUUGAUAUAGGAGACGCGGCCAAGGAGAAACUGUUGGAGACACUGACUGCUGACGUGGAGUUCCUAACCAAGCUCCACCUUAUGGACUACUCCUUGCUCCUGGGUGUUCACGAGUGUGGUCGGGGCGAGGCGGAGGCUGAGGCGGCGCGUCAGCUGGCGGACCAGGACUCCGAAGACACUGAUACGGACUCUGACACCGAGCCGCGACACGACAAUAGAUGGGGAUAUAGCACGCCGCCCGACAGUCCGCGGGGAGCCGCCCGUCCGCCGCGCUACGAGGGGAUCGUGCCCGAGAUUGAUAUAUACGCUAUACCCAGCCACGACGGUGCUCCUAGAAAGGAGAUAUACUUCGUUGCGUUAAUCGACGUGUUGACGCAUUACGGUGUUAAGAAACAGGCGGCCAAAGCGGCCAAGACGGUGAAGUACGGCAGCAACGUGGAUGGAAUUUCCACAUGCGACCCGGAGCAAUAUGGAAAACGAUUCAUAGACUUCGUGGCUAAAGCCAUAGACAAUUAG